AUGGACAACUUUAAUAGCAUGGGAUACAGAUUCCAUCCCACUGACCAAGAAAUCAUCCAUCAUUUUCUUGAAGCAAAGAUAAGGGAUGGCGCCGAUUUCUCUGCAGUAAUGAAGGAAGUCAAAUUUUGCAAUUUUGAACCAUGGCAAUUGCCUGAGCAUUCACCACUGCCCUCAGACAAUCAAGAGUGGUUCUUUUUCAGUAAAAUCGUUUAUAAACACUCCAGGAGCAGUAGUAAAAGAAUUGACAGAACAACUAGGGAAGGAUCUUGGAAAGUUACAGGUCAAGAUCGUGAGAUCUACGAUGAAAACAGUGGCCAACUGAUUGGGAAGAGAAAAACCUUGGUUUUCUACCAAGGCCACGGCUCUAAUGCCGUUAAAACUUGUUGGGUGACGCAUGAAUUUCAUUCCGAGAUUGCUUCUUUUGAUCAGGAGCCCUUUGUUCUUUGUCACUUAAAAAGAAAAUCAGAUGAUGAACCAAGUUCCCGUUCGGCUUCUUCUUCACAAAAUUAA